GUAAUGUACGCCGCUAACGAGUUCAUUCAAUGAAAAUAUCUUCCACCGCUAAUGACUUCAUUCAAUGGUUUCUUUCUUCCGCAGCAUCACCUUCAUGUCAGCUCUGUUCUUCCGCACUGUUCCUCGGGUGUAGUUGAAUUCGACAAAUUGUCGGCGAAUCUCCACCAACAUAAUCUCUACAAAUUUCAUGUGAAUUCCACAUAUAGAAUCACAAUUGUUCUCCUCUUGACGUUGAUCUUCAAAAUUCUGUGAGUAAUAUUCGAACAAAGCUUCCAAACUUUUACAAUUUCAAUUAAAUAUUGAAUAUGAACGAAAAUUGUUUAUACUGAUGUUGUUCUUAGUUUUGUUGUUAUCGUCUUCUUCAAAUUUUCAAUAUGAUUCUAUUCUCUCUAUUUUUAAUUUCCCAGGUGCAGUUGCUUGUUUUGAAUUUGGUAUGUGACUUUUGUAUUUUCUUCGUUUUCUUUGUUCAAUUAGUCUGAAUAUUCUAUUUUAUUAAAUAACUAUAGAUUCUACAUCUAUAAGCUCAUGCUUACUUAUUUGAUACACUAUAUUAUCAAUGUACAUAUAUGUUGUUAUGUGUUUUCCAACUAUGCGUCGCUUUUUUAUUAGUUCAUUACAAUUCGUUUUUGUUUUGCUUUUUAACUGCACUUAUUCAAUUCUGUUACUUUUUUAAGUUAUAAUGACAAAUUUAUUAUUAUUAAUUCAUUAGUCAUUUUGUAUGAUGUUGUUAAGAACAUAUUGUGUUUGAUUUUUUGUAUUCACAGUGAUUGUAAACAUGUUGCUUAUGCUUAAGGUGGAUGGUAGUUGGGACAACUCAUACGUUUUCUGUAACAAAUGAUGCUUUGGCUUAAUAGUACAUGAGGGAACAUUAUAUGUUGACUUUGCUUUCAUAGUUUUUUAUGCAUUGGUGAAUAUGUUACCAAUACAAGGCUUAAAAUUGCUUACCUCGUAGAUUCAUGUCCACCUCCUGUUCUUGUUAAUGACGAUUUGGCUUGGGAUUUUACUUAGCUUAAAAAAAUUGACAGUGACUAUGUUAAGUUUCCUUUGUGUGUUGAAUUGUUUACUGUUCAUUCUUCUGUUAAUCAACCAAUGUGUUGUGAGGCUUCUGCAAUUGCUCCUAAUAUUCCUUCCAAGUCAUCAGUGAUUAAUAUCCUAGAACAAGAUAUGUCUCCCAAUUUUCUUCCAAUUGAUCUCGAUGUUUCUGCCACUACUACACUUGAUGAUCAGCCAAAUGGUUUUAGUGUUUCUGCUAAUUUUAGUCAUUCAAUCCUCACUUACAAUCCGUCAAUGCCUUUGGAAGAUACACAUUUAUCUUCUAAUCAAGUCUCAAAUUCAGCUUGUCCUUUUGAUCCUUUGGAUUAUGAUUUAAUAAUUUCUAGGAGUUCCGGUGAUACUUCUUCAAGUCAACUUGUUAGUUUGGAUUCAGAUGGUCAUUUUGAUUCACUCUUUGAAGUUAUUACUCACUUCCAUCCAACUCAUAUAGACAAACAUGUUGUAUACAAAACAAAAAAGGCUUUAGAUUACAAUUUAAAGGUUUAUGCCAUUUCAAAUCAUUUUCAAUAUAAGACCAAAACGUCAACCAAGAAAGUAUUGCAUGUUAUUUGUGUUGAUGUUGAGAAUUGCAUCUGGACUGUUCGUGGAGUGAAGUUGUCUGGAAGUCGCAUGUUCCAAAUUAGGAGGUUCGAUUCUGAUCAUACAUGUUCCAUUGAUUUUUGACAAGGUCGGCAUCAUCAAGCCACGUCCGAUGUUAUUGCAGAGCUUAUUAAACACCAGUAUGCAGAUGCAUCUCGAAAACCGUAUGCUCCUAUUGAUAUUGUGGUGAACAUGAAUAGAGAUUAUGGUGUUAUUCUUCCUUACAAAAAAACAUGGAAUGUGAACAAAAUGGUUCAGAAGAAAUUAAUGAGUUCAAAUGAUGAGUCUUACCAACUUAUGCCAUCCAUUGCGCAUGUUCAAGAACAAAAAAUCCAGGCUCAAAGUUUUUCCCCAAGCUCAAAGAUCUUACUUGUUAUUGAUUAUGAUGAUCAUUUUAAGUAUUUUAUCAUGUCAUUACAUCCAUGGUUUGAAGGUUGGAAACACUAUGUUCUAGUCCUUAUUAUUGAUGGUUCUUUCAUGAAGGCUUGUUAUAAAGGCACA